CUGAUAACCAAAGGAUCUUUCCCUUCUAUCUUAUGGUUUUUAAGUUUCCAACGUUUUGUAAAUCGGGAGGCUUCUGAUUCCUGUCACCAGAUCACUGAGCAAACAUAUCCCAUUAAGAAAUGGCGAGGGAGAAGAUCAAGAUCAAGAAGAUCGACAACGUGACGGCGAGGCAAGUGACUUUCUCGAAGAGAAGGCGAGGGCUUUUCAAAAAGGCGGAGGAGCUUUCGGUUCUUUGCGAUGCUGAGGUUGCUCUCAUUAUUUUCUCAGCUACUGGAAAGCUCUUUGAGUUUGCUAGCUCCAGCAUGAAGGAUAUACUGGGAAGGUACCAUGUGCAGACCAACAAUCCCAACACAUUGGAUCAACCAUCUCUCGGUCUUGAGAUGAGAUUGAGCAAGGAAUUUGCUGAUAAAACCCUUGAACUAAGGCAGAUGAGAGGGGAAGAUCUUCAAGGAUUGAACAUUGAUGAAUUGCAGCGACUGGAGAAGCUGCUAGAGUCAGGACUCGCGCGAGUUCUUGAGACCAAGGGUGAACGUAUUAUGAACGAGAUCUCUUCACUUGAAACCAAGGGAGCAAAGUUACUGGAAGAGAACAAGCAACUUAAAGAAAAAUUGGUGUCAUUGUGCAAAGGCAAAAGACUUGUCUUAGCAGAUUCAGAUGUUGCAGCUCAGCAAGAAGGCAUCUCAUCGGAGUCUGUCGGUAAUGUUUACAGUUGCAACAGCGGCCCUCCACCGGAAGAUGAUACCUCAGACAUUUCACUCAAACUAGGGUAA